AUGUCAUCUGUGGUGAUAUCGACCCCGACUCCACCGCGGAGAUCGCGUAGAAUCCAGUCGUUGAGUACAAGGAGACCAACACCUCAGCCUCAGGUGUCUGAUUUGGACGAGUCGGAAGACGCUGAGGAAGACGAAGAGGAAGAUGGAGACGAAGAUGGCGAAGAUGAAGAGGAUGAAAGUGAUUAUGGUACGACAAACAAAAAGCGGGUUUCUUCUACCGCCAGCAAAACACGCGCCAAAGGGACCCAGAAGAGACAAAAGACUCUCACUGGAAACAUUGACGAGAUUGAAGAUUUCCAUGAAAACUAUCUAUUUCAAGCGCUCAGUGAUCCAGAUACUGCACUGGUGGAACUUGUUGAUAAUUGGAUGGAGGAAUACGCCGAAAGCAGAGAUCUGGCUUUAAUGAAUAUCGUGAACUUUGUUUUGCGGAGCUGUGGAUCUGUAGUUCAGAUCCAGGAGCACGAUGUGGCGAGCGCAGACUCUGUAGAGCAGACUGUGGCUGAGGUUCAGGAUAUGAUGAUGAGACAGAAGUACCACGAGUUUGGGAUGAUGUCUGGAACGGCCGUUCGCCCCGAGUGGAAAAAUUUCAGAGCUAAUAGUUUGGAGUUUUUUGAUCGCGUUCUGCGCGUAGCGGCGGAAAAAGGAUUGCUAAACCCAGAGACUGCGCUAGUGGAAAACUUCUUGGAGUGGAUCAGCUCAAUGUGUACUUCAAAUCUCAGAAAUCUGAGGUUUACUGCAGUUCUAUUUGCCCUCCAGAUGGGGACGACUCUAUCUGAGAUCACGGCAAGAUCAUCCCUUAAUGCCAACAAGCAGCAGACGCGCCUGGAUGCUGAGAUAAAAAGAUUGGAUGAACUUGAACGGUCGUUAACCACGGCAAAAAGAGGCGAAAAGGCAAAGAUACAGAAGGAAAUCGAGAUUGUUGGCACCAAGCAGAAGACGAUAGCCGAAUCUGUGGAGUCUUACAAGAAGGAUAAAUUCACGUAUGAAACCUAUCUCAAGGAGGUAUUAAGCGCGACAUUCGCUCACAGAUAUCGCGACACAGAUCAUGCUAUAAGACAGGAGUGCAUUGUUUCACUUGGUAGAUGGAUGGAACUGUAUCCUGAGAUGUUUCUAGAGAGCUCUUAUUUGAGGUAUAUGGGAUGGUUAUUGUCUGACACAAAUGCCCACGUGAGAUUGGAGGUUACCAGACAUCUACUCAAAUUGUACAAGAAAUCGUCAGCAGUGACUGUCCUCAGUCAGUUCACUGAAAGAUUCAAAAAGAGAAUGGUGGAGAUGGUGUUGUAUGAUGUGAGUUACCAGGUAAAGAUAACCACGAUCACGCUAUUGAUUGAGAUUUACAAAAAGGGACUUUUGGAAAACGAGGAAGUCUUGAGGCUAUCUGCGUUCAUGUUCGUAGAUGAACACGACGCCAAGUUCAACUUACGUGCCGUGAUUGAGUCGGAUACCAACAGGCCUUACAGAUGGAGAAACGAAAUUGCGAAGCUCGUUAGCUACUCGAUCGAAGACCGCGUAAACGAGGUGAUUAAGACCUAUUCGGACUCAAUUGAAGAGUGUCAAGAAUCUUUUGUGGUUGAUGUCAAAGAAGCAAUCCACGCGAAAGCAACUCUGAACGUCAUGGCGGAGUCCUAUCACUACUAUACUGACAAUUUCUCGACGCCGCUUUCUGAGAAAGAUUCCCCGGAGGUGUGUUUUUCAGAAAAGCUUGCACUUUUUGCCAAACAUCUGUUCGUUAGCAACCUUGGUCCCACAUUGGAGUUCUCGAUCAAAUACCUAUCUGCUGAUACAUCAUUGUCUGAAGAUAUUGACGAGGAGUUCAGAAGCCAGGUCACACUAUCCUCCAAUGAAGCAAGAGCGUUGCUGAACUAUGUUUACGGCUCUACGUCUGUCUUCCUCAAGGGACCCAGCAACGGUUUCUACGUGACUUUAUUGAAGAGCCAGCUCUCGAAGAAGUUGAAGAGAGAUUCAAAGGACGGCUCAACAUUGACCGAGGCUUACAACUCACUUUCCCAUACCACUGUUUUCAGCCUUAUCAGCGCAUACCCAGAGCUGUUGUCCAAGUUCAAAAGCGUUUCUAUUGCGCUACCAAUUCUGUUGACCACUUUUAACAAGCUGAGCGAUUCUGACUCUUUCACGAUACUGGGAAUGGAGUCAGCGUUCGAUAAAAUCUGUUUGACUUUCAUGAAGCUUUUUGGUGAACUGCCCAUUGGAUUGGUGUAUUCAAAGGGAGCGAUGCAGUUCGACUCGUUGAAAUGGUUAUUCAAAGGUUUCUUCUCUCACGUAAGUUCAUCUCUUUCUCAGCACCCGGAGCUAGCGCUCAAGUUGGAGGACUUUCUGAUUGAGACCGCGAAAGGUCUGCGCGGAAGUACUGAUGAACUCUUGUCGAGUGAACCCUUGGCAAGAUAUCUUUGCUUAUUACAAAGUGACGGAAUAGAAGUGAAGGCUGGUGAUGCUAUUGCAGGAUACAUCUCUACGCUCAACAGUGAGCUCAUCAGAUUACAGGAGCAGGUAAAGGAUGGAAUCACCGAGGCCGCAGAGCUCUCUGAUGCUGUUGAGCUGGUUGAAGGUCUGAUGGAUUUCCUCAUGUCGUUUGCGUUCUCUAGAUUGCAGAAGCUGAAUCAGGCCAUUCGGACUAAUUCCUCUGGUGAUCCUCUGGAACUGGAAAUGUUCCAAACAAUCAUGAGUUCUCUGGGAGCGAGUGCCAAAUCCCAACAUCUGCCAGACCUGGAGUUGCGACUCAGUGCUAUUUCAUUUUUCCUCGAUUUCUUGACGGCAUUCAAGCUAUUUGAGACGUUUGUCAACGGGAAUACUGACUCCGAGUUAUGCGCAAGAUUGGAACAUUUCAUUGAUACGGAGUGCCCCGCUGUGUUAGAUACGUCGGUCGAGCGCAGUCUUUUACAACUGUUUCUGAAGCUGGAAGCCAAGCUGGGAUCAUUGCUGAAGGUGGAAUUGGACAGAGACGAAUUCGAAGACGUCAACUUCCACAUCGAAGAAACCGAUGUUGAAGACGAGGAAAGGCAGAAGCGGAUCUGGGAUUGUGAGAAGCCACUGGUGGUUCUGACAUUGAAACUGUUACAACUGGAGUCUACUGGAUUGUUAAGUAAGCCUGUUGCGAAACGGCUGAGACUGAAUGCCAAGUAUCUUGGUGAUGUCUACAAAUCUGUGUUCUUCUUGGCAGGUAAGGAUGAAAAGACGUCUAAAAGAUCGCGCACAGAGACCCCUGCCACGUCUGAUCCGUCUGAGCUCGAGGAUCUAAUCGAGGAACCAAUGGACGGACCCAGUGACGAUCCAAUCGAGGAGAUGUAG